CAGUUGCGCAAGCGGGUCAGCACCAUAGUGGAGGCAGAUGCAGACCCCCUAAACCCGGAUUAUUCCGGCUCAGACCUCGACUCACUGCUGGAUCUGGAAUUCGACCUGGAAGCUGACUCCGACACUUCUGAGGACGACGAGGAUGAGGACGACGAGGUCCACGCCCACGCCAUCAAGGUCCGUGGCCAGGUGUCGAAGCACCACUUGGCUGCACAGCUUUCCACCAUCAUGGGCUACUGUGGCAUCUCGUUGUCGUCCAGUAAGGAUCUCACCGAGCAGGCCAACGAAGAGCUGAAACGGACGUACUCGUUGCUUGACGACGAGCUGAAAAUACACCAUUUGUCAAGCUCUUCAGGAAAUACUCAGUCGGUGAUCGACGAUAAGCAGAUCCGGUUAAUCGAAACGCUAACAACCAAGUCCAACCGGUUUCUCCAGUCGUGCCAGGAGGCAGGCGGAUGUCCCGUGCUCCCAGGAAAGACGUUGUUCCAGCGGUACGGGGUGGUCAAGGACAUGAUAGGACGGGGAGCCUACGGAGUGAUCAAGCUCAUUGAGAGGAACCCUGGGGGCAAUAAUGGGAAUAAUGGGAAUAACGGGAAUACCGGUACUACCGGAGAUCUCACCUCCAAUCCCAACCUCACAUCCGCCAUGUACGCCGUCAAGGAAAUCAAGCGCAAGUCCGCCAAAGAGCCCAACAACAAGUUCAUCGAGCGCGUGCUCUCCGAGUUCAUCAUCUCGUCCACCCUCAACUCCAAGUACAUCGUCAAAACCGUCGACUUGAUGGUCACCCUCCCAUCUUCCUCCGACACCUCCGCCGUCCAGUUCAGCCAGGUGAUGGAGUGCACUCCGGGAGGUGAUCUCUUCACCUACUUGACCACAGCCUCCGACAAGGCCAACAACCCAGUCGAGGACAUGUCCCUCGACGAGGUCGACUGCUUCAUCAAGCAGAUCGCCAAAGGCUUGCGCUACAUGCACCAGCACGGAGUGGCUCACUGUGACUUGAAAUUGGAGAAUAUUCUUCUAGCCUACUCCGAGCCUCGUCUUAAUCACCACGGCCUUCCGUGUGCCAAUAUCACCCUCAAGCUCCUGGAUUUCGGCAAAUCCAACGUGUUUCGGACCAAGUUCGACUCCUCCGAGCAGUACUUGCCCCGGGCCUCGGGUCCGUUGGGCCUGGAGCCAUAUAUGGCUCCAGAAGAGUUUUCUUGUACUAAAUCAUAUUCGCUUGCAAAAAAAGACUGCUGGGCAUUGGGAAUUAUCAUAUUGGUGCUAUUUAAUAUCCGAAAACACUACUACACGGGCCACUCCCACUCUGGAAGCGACCAGGACUCGGGAGACUCCCAGUUUUCCAGCGACGACUACGGCUCAGGAUACCUCUGGCAAACCACCGACACCAAGAACCAUUUUUCCAAAAAGUAUCGGGACAAGCACUUCGAGGAGUACGUUCGAAGCCGCAUGGUGGCAGACUACGACGCCAAGAGCAAGGAGUGGUUGGUGAAGGCCGGAGGGGCGUUCCGGCCCAUCGAGGAUCUUUUCACGAUCUCCGGUAAAUCCGGGCCCCAGGACGAAGACGAAUUGUGUGAAUUGCGAAGAAUGAUGAUAUAUAAGAUGCUUGAUAUAGAUCCAGGCACCCGGCUCAGCGCCGACACGUUUCUCAAGGGGGACUGGAUGGGGUCGGUGGAUAGUUGUAUA